UAGUUAGAUAUCUGCUGUUCUUUGUUGAUAGUUCAAUGGAUAAAAUGAAUAAUGAACUGAAUGUAACUUAUAUUACUUUUGGUGGACAUGUAGAAUUACAGAAAUACAGACUUUUGUACUUCAUAGCUACAUUUACUGUAUACAUUCUGAUCAUUUGCAGCAACUCAACCAUCUUGUGUCUAAUCUGGAUUCAAAAAAGCCUCCAUGAGCCUAUGUACAUUUUCAUCGCAGCUUUACUCUGCAAUGCACUUCUGUUUAGCACCAAUGUUUAUCCAAAACUUCUGAUUGACCUUUUAUCUGACUUACAGGUUACAACUUAUUCAUCAUGUAGAUUUCAGGCUUUUAUUUAUUACUCUUUAAGUGGUUCAGAGUUUCUCCUUUUGGCAGUCAUGGCCUAUGACAGGUAUGUCUCUAUCUGCAAACCUCUGCAAUAUCUAACUAUUAUGAGAAAAACUACUGUGACCACUUUGCUGGUAUUAGCUUGGGUUUUGCCAUCCGGUCAGCUUAUACCACCACUUAUACUGGGACAUACUUCUAAACUCUGCAAUCAUACUUUGAAUGGAAUUUUCUGCAAUAAUGCUGUUACCAAGCUUUCCUGCAUGGGUUCAACAGGGCCCUAUAUUAUAUAUGGUGUUUUUACUUUAAUUAAUACAGUCUUUUUACCUUUUGUGUUCAUAAUUUUUACCUAUAGUAAAAUACUGAUCAUAUCCUAUAGAAAGAGCUCAGAUAUCAGGAAGAAAUCUGUGAAUACCUGUGCUCCACACCUGCUGGUUCUGAUUAGUUUUUCAUGUUUGUGUUCCUAUGAUGUUAUAAUAGCCAGGUUGGAAAUUGAUUUACCCAAAACUGCACAUUCAAUAAUGAGCUUACAGGUAGUUUUGUAUCAGCCUCUUUUUAAUCCAAUAAUCUAUGGCCUAAAGAUGACUGAAAUCCAUAAACACCUGAAAAUGCUUUUCAGUCGAGGCAGAAGCUUUGUAUGUUUUGCACUUUUAGGCAAAUGACAUUUAAAAUAGCAAUUUUUUUGUAAAAAUAGAUUUGAGAUGCACUGAGACAUACUGUGACUAACUGUAUGUCCUGUCUUUUAUCUCCUUGACAUGAAAAACAACUUAGAACUUAUCAGUUUAACCAUCUUUCCUAGAGAGAGCCACCUAUGGAGCUAAUUUACCUUUGCAUUCUCUAAGAUAGAGAAUAUUUAUAGCUCUGUUUUUCUGUGUUAAUUCUGUUUUGAUACUGUGUUAAUUGCC